AUGGCAGCAAAGAAAGCAAGUAUCAGCAAAGACCUCGGCAUCGAGACCGACCGGACGACGUACCGCCCUGGCGAUACCGUCAGCGGGGUAAUCUACCGGGCAAACACCAUUGUGAGCACCGAAGCUACCAUCGACGUCGUCUUCCAUGGCCGCUCCAAGUCCUAUAUUGACUACAGGUCUGGCGACGUGACCUACACCUACAAGGGCGAGUUCGCGCUCUUCCGCCAGGAAAAGCAGGUAUUCCAGGGCCCUCUACAUAUCCCGAGCAAGGACCGUCAGCAAUGGCCUUUCAGCUUUACGAUCCCCACCAACAUCGAUGCGCGACUCUACCCCGGAGAGUACAGCCCAAAGCUGUCAUACAUCCCCUUAGAUUCGGACUCGGUCGGCAAGCGAGAGCUCCCAGCAUCCUUCAGUGUUUCCAAUGGCGGAGCCAAGGGCACCAUUGAGUACUUGUUGGAGGCUACACUCACAUCCGAAGGCCAGGGCUCGUCAUCAACCGAAAAUGCAAUCCUACCAAUCCGACUCAUCAAUGUCGACCCGAAUCCGCCCAUCAGCGACUUCGACUUUGAAGUCACCUCACAUACGGACACCGUCUGCUCGCAACGUCUCGUCCCGGGCAAAGAGAACGCCGAGCUGUCCACGUCUGAUAAGAUGAAGAAGUUCUUCGGCACCUCGUCUGUGCCGGUGUUGGCUUUCAACCUUCAGGUUCAAGUGCCAAAGGUAGUUCAGCUGAGCGACUCGCCGAUCCCAGUAUACAUGCGCGUUAUCCCCAAUUGGUCGGAUACCAGCGAGUCCAUCCGGAACGUUCCCCAGAAGGCCAAGCUUGCCAGCUUCAGAGCAAGCUUGAAGUACGAGUUCGACGUCGUCGGCUCAGACUCGGGCGACCCAUACACAGACUACGCGUCGGAGAAGGUGGAACUGCUCAACGACGAGGUUGGAAACGACGUCGUCGAGAUUCCAUGCACAACGGGCGACAAGCCGCCGCCUGCGGAUAUCGGUACUGCCAUCCGUCUGCGGCUUGGUGACAAGGCGCUCCCCAACGUGUCCACCUUCAACAUCAAGACGACCACCCAGAAGCUGUCCUGGAAGGCCACCUGCAAGAUCGCCAACGAAUCUUUCUCUGCCAGCGGGUCAAACGAGGUGACGAUCCUCCCCGCAAGUAUCGACUCACCACCGUCAUGGAUGGCGCCACCUGACGAUGACGUGCCUCCACCGAGCUUUGCCGAUGUACAGAGGCAGGAUGAGAAGAAGGGCUUUUCGGUGUCGAGUUCCGAAUACCCAAAGGAAAAGCAGUAG